UUCUUUUUCAUUUCAGCCUGAAUGCAUGCAGCCUGCAGAUGUAACUUGUUUUUGUUCCUCUAGCACUGUCAAUCUAGCACAUCCAGGCAGUAAGCUUAUUUAUACGCACCGGUGCCUGGCUUUAUCACUGCUUUUUGACCUUCAAAUCUUAAAAAGCUCAGAGAACACCAAACGGAACCGAAAAAAAACGACUCGGUGGCGGACUUUGAACCUGCCUCGAUUCGGCAAUUGCAAGGCCGACAAGCAAAAAAAACCAAGGGAAAAUUGGCCCGAAGAUGAAUCCUUCCCUUUGUGUUCUUGCGACAUCCAUCCGUCCCUUAAAGAGGCCAUCCAUCGCAAAUCAAUAGACCAUCUAGCUCAUAUAGCCAUGUCUACCACCACCGCCACCUUCUCCAAGAACCCUUUCGAUCUCCUCAACGAGGAUGGUGAGGUCCGUCCUCAACCCGUCGCCGCUCCCCUCAAGGAGGAGAAGAAGGCCGAACAGCCCAAGGCUCGCUCUGGCAAGAGUGCCAGCCCCAAGGCUUCCGGUGCUGCUCGUGCCGGUAAGGGCUCUGACCGCCGUCGUGGUGGUGCUCGUCAAGGUAACCGUCCUCCUCGUCGCGAGUUCGAUCGCCACAGCGGUACCGGCCUUGUUGACUCUGAGAAGAAGGAAAAGCAAGGUUGGGGUCAUGCCGAAACUGCUGAAGCUGAAGCUGCUGCCGAUUCUAUUUCCCCCAAGGAUCCCGCCGCUGCUGACGAAGCCACCGCCGAGGCUGCCGCUGAACCCGAGGAGGUUGUUAAGACUUUGGAAGAAUACUUGGCUGAGAAGGCCAACAAGUCCUUGAAGGUCUCCCUCCCCGAAGCUCGCAAGCCCAACGAAGGUGCUGAUGACGGCAAGUGGAAGGAUGCCGUUGCCUUCAGCAAGACUGAAGAACCCGAGCUUUUCGCCACCAAGGAAAAGGCAAAGAAGGCUGAGAAGCCCCGCAAGGAGAAGCAGUUCGUCGAAAUUGAACAACGCUUCCAGGAAAGAAACACCCGUGGUGGUUUCCGUGGUAACGAUCGUCGUGGUGGUGAACGCCGUGGUCGCGGUAACGGUCGCCGUGGCAACCGUCAGUCCAACGGUCCCGUUGUCAACCUUCAGGAUACUGCUGCUUUCCCCUCUCUCGGUGCCACUGCCUAAAUAUUUGUCCUCUUUUGGUUAGUGCGAUUGACGAAGAUUUCAUGUCCCUUUUUUUUUCCUCCAUUGGAUGAGCAAAAACUAUAUAAAAAGUAAAACUCUAUAUUUCUUUCA